AUCAAUCCACCGCAUUCCCUGUUGGCUCAACGACGAUUUCGAAGGUGGAACAUUCACGGGAUCUUCCUACUGUUCCGGUCCCACUUGAACUAGAAGUAGUUGCACUCAUAUGCUACAACCGAAGCAGUGGGUGGGACUAGGACAAUGGGAAAUAUUGGACAACGCGCACUAUUAUCCUAGCCCCGGCUGGAGAGGAAUAAGGAAUGCGCCGCAAAACAUUUUCCUACAUUCCUUUGAAAGUCCGAUUCUUCUUCAAUUGACUUAUUUCGGACUGUCAGCGAACUCUCGGCGGGCUGCCGUACCGGCAGGUGCAUAGUAGACUUCCCAUGAUUCAAUGCUUGCCCGACCCACUCAACUGUGAUAUAGACCCCCUAUUUUUACAAUCGGUGACUGGUUUUCGGUUCUUUUCGCGAAAUGGCAAUGGAGCAAUUCAGACCACCCAGUUCGAUUAGCCUUUUAGCUGAUCAAUUACAAUUAUCCAGUCUCAAUGAGACAAUACCAGAAGAACGGACACAACUGGUCUCCGUUGACCAAACAACAAUUCAUCGUCGACGGUUAUCCACUCAUGACCGUCGGUUUGGCGAGUCUGCUUCAGUUACCAAAUUUUCUGAAGAAGCUCCUCUUACGUGUAAACCCGUUUAUCCCGUUGUUGCACUCCCUUCCACCUGCUUUUGCCAACCGGAGCGAUUGCAGUUGGAGUGUGAAAAAGAAAAUUCAAACACAGAGCACAUCUCCUCACUGGAUGAAGCCAGUGAUUCUGGGAAACUGUACUCCCUAAGCGCACCGACAUCAGUGUUCGUGUGCAAACCGCCAGGUUUUCCCGCCUCUCAAUCCCCGAUGUCUACGCCGUUGGUUUCCGCGGUACAUCCUUCCUCGGCGCCUUUCAAACGAUUCCCUUCCACUGCACUCAAUCGCUCCCAUGACACUUCUCAUUGCGCUUGUUGUUUAGCUGCCAGUUAUCAGAUUCCCGCCAAACGCGCUUGCAGGCCAUUUAGCGCCGCUUCUUCUCUACGUCACAUGCACCUCUGCACCUUACAUUCCAAUUAUAAUGACAUCCAUUUGUUGGAGACACACAGGAGUACUUUACCUCGACCGAUUGCUGUCCGACUGACUCCCACAGAAAAAUGCGCUGUUGAGCAGGUGUCUGUGAGUCGAUCACUUCGAUCCAGCGCUUUUGGGCUGAAUGCGCGUCGCUGUCCUUCGGAUGCCAACCGAUCCUCUCGGCUUAGUUGGCAUCAUCCUCUCUUCUCCAACGACACCACUUCCAAACCACCACCUAGUAACGAUAUUCAUUCCACGUCUGCGUGUAGUAACGCAUAUCACAUAACUUCCACGGUCACAACAACCACAUUCGCGCCGGUAUUGAACCAUCACGAAUUGUUGCGUAGACCCUUGGAUUCCGUUGCGGUCUCUGAAGUUGUCCAUCAAGCGGAGGCCAAUUUGCACAACUUUCUGACCUGCGGCUCUGAAAGUGAUGCUUCUACUUCCUCUGGAGUCGAAUCUUUAUUGUGCCGUUUCUCCGCCUUUACGCCAACGCGCGACAGCCUUCGGGAUGGUCCACAGCCUUCGUUCAGUUACUCCCUAUCUCCAGGUCUGCAUUCUGUCUCCUCAUCUGUUCCACUUCCUGCACUCACGCCAUCCUCCGGAUUUCAUGAAACCUCUUUCUCCUGCUUUCCCGGCGUUUUCAGUUUACCUGACUGCUCAAAGAUGGGUUUCCGACCCGGUGUGCAUAGCUGCGCUACUGAACGCGACUCCAGCUGUCAUCCUGUGUCAUGUGCCCUCCAACACUCGACAAUGACGGAGCGGUCGGAAAGCCCACUUCUCUGCACCCAUUUAAGCCAUUGUGAUCAGUUUCUACGAUGUUGGUCACAGCCCAUGUCAAUCGCAACCAACCAACAAAGUCCGUUAGGAACAGUAUCCAAAGCCGCACCAACCUUGCCGGGCAGUCUGCAAGAUCCCAUGGGGACCAUGACAGCUGGCCUUAAACGCCGACGACGCAAAAGCAUCGAACCGGAGGGUUUCGUCCACAGAGUACCUCCCUCUAAUUGCUGUUGUAAACUGAGCGAGUGUUUGGCUCAAAACUUUGAAGUCGAACCAACUUGUGACCAUUCGAAGAAUUGUAACUGGAGUCACAGUCCCGUUUACCCUUCACCCGGCGAUACUUCUACCGGAGAUGUUUUCGUAUUCGGUCCCUGCGUGUCUACUUUGGGCGGUGAUCUCUUCCAUGAUGAUAUUAUUCACGGGUCACAGCCUCAUUCAGAUCCUCGAUCAGGUGCACGAACCGAACUAUGGAAACCUCAGAUCAGUCGGGAUGUUUGCCAAUCGUGCAAAUCGUUUGCACUUGAUUCGGAUGGAAUCUCUUGUCGCCAUCUAUAUCCUCAGCUUACAGACUUGUCGGAGCUGGCAGAGGAGGAAAAAGAUAGUGAAACUCCCGAAUUUGUGCCCGAGGACGCGGGGAAGAUGUCGAAUUGCGGUGGGCAACAAUCAAAACACCCGUUUAUCACAUCUCCGUCCGUUUUUGAGGUUACCUUUCAGCCCAUAAGAGGUUCCUAUGACAAGGAUGGUCAAAUCACCCGCACGACUGCUCCGGAUUUGACGCAUCCACCAGAAAGAGUUAACCAAUUUCCUGAUUCAUCAAAUCAGCCUAUGGAUCUCUGUAAUCCUUCAGGCAUAUUGAUUCCCCUCUCAUCAACCGACUCUGAUGAGUCGGCCGAUGAGGUUAUCCUAUCUCCUCGAUUAAUCGGUCGCCGCAGACGAAAUGGCGAGGAGACAGCGAACGCAUGUGACGCGCCGUCGACCAUCCCCAUUCUCGAUAUCGACCUAGAGUUAAUGGAGAACAACUAGAUGCUUCUAAGCCCAGUUAACUGAUUUUGUAUUCUCUAUUUCGCCACUUUCCUUUCAGUCAUACUUGGAUGGUGACGUCAUUUAAUUAUAUUUUUCUAACUUCCUCCUUCUUGUAGUUCACCCCGCUCGGUGCAUUCGAUCUAAAGCGCCGCGUCAGAUACUUUUUUACUCUAACCUUGUACAUACUUGUCGUACGUACUUUGUAUCUUCCUUAAGUUUUAUCUUAUUCUGGCCCUUUUGGUUAGAUCAUGUGAUAUUUUUCCAAAUUUGGACGAAAAACAUUAUUGAACUUGUCCAAGCAGUGUUCAUUCCUGCAGUUCUUCCG